AUGGGCAAGAACGAUUUUCUGACCCCGAAGGCGAUGGCGAAUCGGAUGAAGGCCAAGGGUCUCCAGAAGCUCCGGUGGUACUGCCAGAUGUGUCAGAAGCAGUGCCGGGACGAGAAUGGGUUCAAGUGCCAUUGUAUGAGCGAGUCUCACCAGAGGCAGAUGCAGGUUUUCGGGCAGAAUCCGACUCGCGUCGUCGAGGGUUACUCGGAGGAGUUCGAGCAGAUGUUCCUCGACCUGAUGCGGCGGAGCCACCGUUUCUCUCGUAUCGCCGCCACCGUCGUCUACAACGAGUACAUCAACGACAGGCACCACGUUCACAUGAAUUCCACCGAGUGGGCGACGUUGACGGAGUUCGUCAAGUACUUGGGGAAGACGGGUAAGUGCAAAGUCGAGGAAACCCCUAAAGGCUGGUUCAUUACUUACAUCGAUAGGGAUUCGGAGACUUUGUUUAAAGAGAGGCUGAAGAACAAGAGAGUGAAGAGUGAUAUAGCCGAGGAGGAGAAACAGGAGAGGGAGAUUCAGAAACAGAUCGAGAGAGCUGCUGAGAAAUUGAACGCUGGUGGGCAUAGCUCUGGUGAAGGUGAAGGUAGUGGUAAAGAAACUGUCCAGGAUGAUGAUGGUGAUGAUGAGAAGAAGAAAGGUGAAGAAUUGAGGUUGAAGAGUGGUGGAGUUAAAGUUGGAUUUGCUCUUGGUGGAGGGACUAAACAGGUUACUACGGGUAAAGAGAGAGUGGAGAGCUCGAAACGCGUGUUUGAUGAGGACGAAGACAACGAGAAGCAUGAGAGAGGGGAGAAGAGGAAAAAAGACGGUGACUCGGGGAGGAGUGAGAAGGAGAGAAGAUCGGCUUUGGACGAGUUGAUGAAAGAGGAAGAGAAGAAGAAGGAGAGGAUGAAUCGUAAAGAUUACUGGUUGACGCAAGGGAUAGUUGUGAAAGUUAUGAGUAAGGCUUUGGCAGAGAAAGGGUAUUAUAAGCAGAAAGGUGUUGUGAAGAAAGUGAUUGAUAAGUAUGUUGGGGAGAUCGAAAUGCUUGAUUCUAAGCAUGUACUGAGAGUUGAUCAGGAGGAGCUUGAGACGGUGCUUCCACAGAUUGGAGGGUUGGUGAAGAUAGUGAAUGGGGCAUACCGUGGCUCAAAUGCCAAGUUGUUGGGUGUAGAUACAGACAAGUUCUGUGCUAAAGUGCAGAUCGAGAAAGGUGUCUAUGAUGGAAGAGUCAUAAAGUCCAUUGAGUAUGAAGACAUAUGCAAACUUGCUUAG